AUGGCUGCGACAAUCGACAAAUACUCUGUGAUAUUGCCCACAUACAACGAGAGGAAGAACCUACCCAUCAUUGUCUAUCUUCUGGCAAAGACCUUCAAGGAAAACAACAUUGACUGGGAGAUUGUCAUUGUGGACGAUGCUUCUCCAGACGGAACUCAGGAGAUUGCGAAGCAGCUCAUCACUUUGUACGGAGCUGACCACAUCCAACUGAGACCCCGUGCUGGUAAACUUGGACUGGGAACCGCCUACGUGCAUGCACUUAAAUACGUCACCGGAGAUUUCGUGGUGAUUAUGGAUGCUGAUUUCUCCCAUCAUCCUAGCGCGAUUCCACAGUUCAUCGCAAAGCAGAAAGAACGCGACUACGAUAUCGUCACGGGAACACGGUAUGCCGGUGAUGGUGGUGUCUAUGGCUGGGACCUCAAGCGUAAGCUGAUUUCCCGUGGAGCCAACUUUCUGGCCACUGUCGUGCUGCGGCCACACGUGUCUGAUCUCACGGGAUCAUUCCGUCUAUACAAAAAGCCUGUGUUGCAGACUAUCAUUGACAAGACCAAAUCGAAGGGCUAUGUUUUUCAGAUGGAGAUGAUGGUUCGUGCCAGAGGCGAGGGUUUCACCAUUGGCGAGGUGCCUAUCUCAUUCGUGGACAGAUUGUAUGGUGAGAGUAAGCUUGGGGGAGACGAAAUCAUCGGGUAUCUGAAGGGUGUGUGGAUGUUGUUUACCAGUGUUUAG